UCCAGGAUGUGAUGAUCAUUAAGGGAGAAAACCAGCCCAAUAGUUCACUUGAAGUGACUGCCGAAAAAAUUGUAGAUGUUGAGAUGAUUGUACCUGACUAUCAUAUAAAGAAGGAAUCACCAGAAGUGAAAUCUGUUGAAAAUGAAGUGGUGAAGACAGAACCAAAGAAGGGACGUGGACGUCCAAGGAAAACAGCUUUGGUCCCUGCUGUUGUACCUGUAAUAGAACCCCCUCUAGAGCAGGUAUUACGACCCAAGAGAAUGUGCAGAGGAAGAGAGAGACCACCAGUGGUAGUCAAAGUGAGGAAACCAAGAGUAGGAAAGGCACCUGGGCGUAAGAAGAAGGUUGAAGAAAUAAAACCAGCUUCUGAAUUUCUUCACCCAGCUGAUGUUUUUGUCAUAUCAACGGAAAAGUUGUCUCCAACAGCCAAACCUACUUCAGCUGUUCCAACCAAACUACCAUCUCGUUUAAUUGCCACUUCAUCUACUCCUAAUAAACCUGUAAAACCUGUUUAUGCUCGUGUACAUCCCAUUUCAACUACUUCAGCAAAAACACCCCCUGCAUCAGUUUCAGUUGAAACAUCUGUUAAAGUGAGGUUGCAAGUAGCUCCAACAGAUAUGCUGUUAACUCCUAAAAUUACCACUGGCUUACCCUCAUCAUAUCCUACAUCAGAUGAUGGCACUGUUCAGGUAUUUGAAGAAGAAACAGGAAUGAGUGUAGAAGGUGGUAGCCACUCACAGACAUUACCUCCCCCAGUUGGAACUGAUAGACCAGGUGAAGAAUCACAAGGUAGUGCAAUUAGCACAGCAGCAACUGAGAGCAUGAAAAAGAAGGGACGCAUUGAAGUUGGAGAUGGAGAAAGAAAGGAAUUCACAGUCGAGCAGGUGACUGAGUACCGAUGGCCACCAGGUAAGGGUGGAGAGAACCUGAUGAUACAGGAACAGAUCUCAGAAUAUUUAGGAGUAAAAUCUUUCAAGAGAAAAUAUCCUAACUUGAAACGACGCACUGUGGAAGCUGAAGAGAAGAAAUAUCUAAGAGAGAAAGGUCUUGUUACAGAGUCAAUGUGUGACUUAGGACUGACAGCAGUGAACAGUGCAGAAAUUCUGGAUAUAAUGUAUUCAGACUUCCAGCAGAAAUAUGAAGAGUAUCGUCGCUUUAUGAGGGAGCGUCAAGCCAAGGAAUUUACGACCAAGCAGAAAGCCAUCUCGGCUGCAACAAGUAUUGAGAAAAACAAAUUGGAUUACAAGGACAGAGCUGUUAGGUCAGCUGCUGCAUGGAAUUCAACUUUCAACCAGUCACGUAGAGAUCAGCGCCAAUGCUGUUUUGAUCUUCAAAGCUUCACCAUCCAUUAUCCUCGCACCAGACUUGCUAAAACUGUUGCCAAAAAGUCAACUAAACCAGGUCCAUAUCCUCUGUCACUUAUCCCUGGCCAGUAUACAGAUUUCUAUAAGAGCUAUACUCCAACAGAGCUGCGAUAUUUCCCGCUUAAUACUGUUCUGUAUGGUCCAAUGAAGCCUAAUGAGAGGCAAGAACCAGGUGCUGGUUCUGAUGACAGUCAGUCAGACUCUGAUGAUUCAACUUCGUCUGAUGACUCAAGCAGUAGCACGUCAAGUGAGGAGGAACAACCAGUCAAAGAAUCUGGAGAUAAAGAUGGUGAUAAAGACCAGACAAAUUCUGUCAAAGUAAAGGAGGAGAAAAAAGAUAAGGAUCAUGAAGGGGCAAUCUGUAAAGUGUGCAGUGGAGAUUACACCAAGAACAAGGAUGGGCAACCAGAGGUUCUUAUUCAUUGUGCCCAGUGCACAUCUAGCGGUCAUCCAAGCUGUUUGGACCUUACCCUGGACAUGGUUCCGCAUAUCAAACGUUAUGAUUGGCAGUGCACAGACUGCAAGACCUGCAUACAAUGUAAAGAUCCAGCUGAUGAGGACAAAAUGCUGUUCUGUGAUAUGUGUGACAGAGGGUAUCAUAUAUACUGUGUCGGACUGCGUCGAGUUCCAAGUGGUCGAUGGCAUUGUAAGGAGUGUGCAGUUUGCGGUUCAUGUGGAACACAAGAGCCAGCAGGGAACAGUGCAGACACACCCAAUGCUCAGUGGCAGCACGAGUACAAGAAAGGAGAAAAAGGAACACGUGUAUAUGCUCAGACUCUCUGCGUCCCUUGCUCAAAGCUGUGGCGUAAAGGUCGCUACUGUCAGCUGUGUUGGCGUUGCUAUGGAAACAAACCUGAUGAGGAAGAUGGGCUUAUCAACUGCAGUGUCUGCGACAAAUGGAUGCACGCAGAAUGCUGUAGUGCAAUUGGAGGUAGUGAAGUGGAUAGAACAUCAAAUUUCUUAUGUGAGAUUUGUCAGGAGAAAGGACAAGCGAGGUGUCCUGCUAUCAAGAUGAUUCCAAGGUCAAUUUUGAAAGUGUGACAGUAAACUAAAUGUGCCCCUCAGUAGAGAUGAGUUUGUGAAAUAGAGGAUUGUUAUUCAUUCAUAUAUUGAUUUCUAAUAAAAAUUACUGACUACUUUGUGAAGUACCACAUAGUUGCAACUUAGAUAAAGAUACUGGAAUUAUCAUGUGACAGUGUCUUCAUUGAAAGUAAACAUGUGAAAUUAUGUAUUAAUGAAUGUUUGCAUUUAAAUGGUGCAUUUUAUCCAGAUUCCAUUUGUAACAUAUUUGGACUGACACUAGAUUAGCAUGCUAUAUAAAUGUGAGCACUGUCUGAGGGUAAAUAUGACACAGAGCUUUUUAAUAAAGUUUUCUUUUUUUUAAUGUCUCA